UUGGAGCAACCUGGUGUGGUGGGAGGUGUCCCUGCCCAGGGCAGGGGGUGGCACUGGGUGGGCUUUAAGGUCCCUUCCAGUCCAAACCAUUCUAUGAGGCUAUGACACUGCCUUCACCUUGGCCGUGGCUCCACCAGCAGCUUUCCAAGGCCGGGCCCUCAUGUGCGGGCACCUCCGCGCCAGCCCCUGCCCAGGGCCCACAAGAUGGCGGCCCCUCUCAGCCGGGCCCCGGCCCUCCCCGGCGCCAGUAGGAACCUUCGCGCAGCGGAACGCGCGGGCGCGGGGGGCGGUUUCCGGGCCGGGCCGGUGGGAGGCUGGGCCGGGCCCGGCCCCCUCGCCAUGGCCGAGGGCUCGGCGGAGCUGGAGCUGUUUCGCCGCCGCUGGCGGGAGGAGUUGGCGGGGGGUGCGAAGCGGCGGCGACGGGAGGAGGAGAAGGCGGAGGCGGCGGUGGCAGCGGAGCAGCCCGAGAGCCGUCGCAGCGCGGAGCCGGGCGAGCCGGCCUACCUGGCGCUUGCCCGCGGCCUGCUGGAUGGCGGCGGCGGCGGCGCCCCCCCGACCUGCCGCAGCCCCUCGCCCGCCCGCCCCGCCGAGGAGCCCGCGGGGGAUGGAGGCGGCGACAGCGACGACCUGCUGGGGCAGCUCAUCCGGGACCUGAAUGAAAUAAAUGAGGUUCCUUUCUUUGAUAUCCAGCUGCCUUAUGAACUGGCGCUGAAGAUAUUUCAGUACCUGGGCAAGGCUGAAUUGGGAAGGUGUGCUCAGGUCAGCAGGACGUGGAAAGUCCUUGCAGAAGAUGAAGUGCUGUGGUACCGGUUGUGCCAGCAGGAAGGAUACCUGUUAGAUACGAGCAUUUCCGAUCGUUCCUGCUGGAAGCUCGCCCUCAAGAACUGCCGGGCCAAGGAGCGCACUCUGAAAACCAACUGGAAGAACCGCAUCGGUGCUGUGAGCCAGCUGCAGUACGAGCUGGGAAAAAUCCUGUGUGAUGUACAUUCCUGCGAUGGCGUAGUCAUUGCUGGAUAUACAUCAGGAGAAGUGAGGUUGUGGGACACUCGCACCUGGGACUACACAGCCCCCAUCCUGGAACCGAUGCAUGGUCCUGGUGAUGCUGGACCUCAGCCACAUGUCUCCUUUGUGAGGAUAAACAGCUCUCUGGCUGUAGCAGCUUACGAGGACGGCACAGUCAGCGUGUGGAGCCUGAUGUUCGGGCGGGAGCCCAUCCAUCGGUACCAGCACAAUCAGAGGAUUCAGGCUUUAGCUCUCGGUGCAGAGGGUGCGACGGUAGCAACGGCGUCUGGCUUCCAGGUCAAAGUGGAAAGCCCUAACGACAGAGGAUUCUGGCAAACUAUAGAAACAUUUGAAAUCCAGAAAUUGGUCAACUUCCUUAAUCUGGUUCCAGAUGUUACGGGGAGUCCAGUGACAGUAGCAGCUGCAGAAGACGUUGUCUAUCUCCUGAAAGCAGAAGAUCCUGCUGGCAAAAUUCUCCAUUCUGUCUAUGGUCAACCUGUCACGUGUCUCGAUGUGUCAGCUCACGAAGCAGCCUUUGGGGUCAAAAACUUUGGCUGGUUAUUGAAUGAGCCCAACCAGAUUCUUCUUUACAAUCUGGAAACAAGUCAGUGUCUGAAGAAGAUGGGCAACUCCAUGGGUGACUUUACGUGUGUCAACCUCCAGAACAGUCCUCCAAACAUGCUUGUUACAGGCAAUAAGGACAGAAGGGUCAGGGUAUUCGAUCUCCGCAGAAGCGAAUCUUUGUGCUCCUUCUACGCCCACCAGUUGGGAGUGUCUGCGGUACAGAUGGAUGACUGGAAGAUUGUCAGUGGAGGAGAAGAGGGCUUGGUCUGCGUGUGGGACCAACGGAUGGGCACCAAGCUCUGGGAAAUGCACGCCAGGCAUCCAGUCCGCCACGUGUGGUUUAAUUCUCACAGCCUCAUCACUGCAAACAUCCCUGAUGACAAGACCCCCCGAGGCGCCAGCAUCGCGGAUGACGACCUGACCGCACACCGCAAGCACCGGGGAAUCAUUUACGCCUACGAGUUCUCCGUGGACCAGCUGGCUGUAGAAAGUGUCCUCCCUAUUUGCCGCUCUUCCUACGAUGAAGUGACCGGUUACAACUACAACAUUGGCCUUGCAGUUCCCUACGAUGACAUUUAGGUAACUCACUUUACUUGGCUUCUGUGGUUCCAGCCCUCUGCCGAGUACGUGGCCAAAAAGGGUCUCCACAAGGGCCAAGCACCAAAAAGGUCGUGUCGGCUCGAACCAGCUGAGCGUUUGCCAAAAAACUUGGGGAUAUGAACCAGAAGAGAGCGUACGGCUGCCCUCGAGCACAUCCCAAAUGUUUGAGGAUCUGCUGUGGUGGAAUGGGGAGACUGAAGAGUUAAGGGGAACAGUAAACUUGAGUGUAAACACAAGUGUUCCUUCCUGCUGCCUGUGGGAAAAACGCUGCUGAUCCCGUCUUGGCUGAGGACAUGUUUGGGAAGCGAGAGCCCCGGGUGGCAAACUGAAGUGGUGGGAGGCUGAGGAACUCAUGCCUGUCCUGAGAGGGAAAGGAAAAACACCAAGGAUUUGGGAAAAGCGUCUCGCUGAGCCACAUGUUUGAAAAUUCUUUCCUUGUAGUGAGCUGCUCAUUCUUCUUUUCCUUGGGGUGCAUGGGAAUGUGUCUAGGAACAGGACCAUGCACAAAAGGUUAUGCUGGUUGGGAGAGGGGAGGAGGAUGGAGAGGAGGAGGGGAAGGUUGGCCUUGGCCGGGCUGGAUGCUUGGAAACUCAGCAGGCCACACGCAUCAAAAUUAUUUUAAAAUAAUUUAUUUUUUUAAUUCUCUAAAAUUCCGGAUUAAAUCUUUUCUAAUUGUAUGUGUAUGUGCUUGUGGGUUCUUUUGUUCGUAAGUCUUUCAGGGUGAGCUAACCCCUGUGCACUGAGACAAAAGGCCGUGGUGUCUCAGGUCAGUUGUCAGGUCUGUUCUCUGCUGGAUGGUGCCCCUCCACGGCACCUGGAGGAUUUCCCUGGGACUGGGGUUUCUGACACCAUCCUCACUUCCCAGCUGGGAACUGAUCACUAGUUUAAAGAAGCAGGAGGGAUGAACUGGCCACCAUCCCUCUGCAUGGGGAGUCCACACUCAAUGCUGUGGAGAAGCAUCAAGUUCGAAAUAAACAGCGUAGAACCUCAGGUGAAAAAGAGGAGUGAGGCUUUAUCUAAAAUCCAGGUUGCACUGACAGAGGUAGAACCAGUUUGGCAAACAAGAGCUCCAGUCCUGCGUGGAUAUGUUUUACUGGUUUAAAACUAUUUUGUGGUUGUGAUUUGCCCUUGUAAACUUACUGGUACAAGCCAAAGCCACGUAAAUCAAGUUUAAAUUGAGGUUACGUUUUAACUUAACGCCUUUUUGCUGGCUUAAUGGAAUCCAUUUAAAAGUCCAGUGCUGGGAGGGGUGGAGGAAAUGUGCCCCAACUGGCAGGAGAGGGGCUGGUGGGACUGUCACUUCCACCAUCAACCAGUCACCAUCAACCACCACCCUGGAGAACUUUGUGCUGGGCUCCUCCUGCCUGGAGAGAGUCACGUUUCCCAACUAUUCCAUGGCUUUGGCUUGGGGUGAUUUUCCAUGGCCCCAUGGCCAUCUUUCUCCUGUGGGUUUGAGUUGUAACACCUUUUCGCUUGUGAUGGACUGAUACAAGAAGUGCAAGGGGCAAAGUCAUUCUGACCAAUAAAUUUUAUCUUUUUAUAAA